CAGACCACCAGCUGUUCUGCGUACUGUAGCCCGACCAUCAUGCGUGAAAUUGUACAUCUGCAAAUUGGACAGUGUGGCAACCAGAUCGGCUCAAAGUUUUGGGAAGUGAUAAGUGAAGAACAUGGGAUCAACGCAACAGGCAUUUACGAAGGAGACAGCAACAUCCAACUGGAGAGGGUCAACGUCUACUUCAACGAGGCGCACGGUGGUAAAUAUGUCCCCAGGGCCCUACUGGUGGACCUGGAGCCUGGCACCAUGGACAGUGUAAGAGGAAGCCGCAUUGGGGCCCUUUUUAGACCAGACAACUUCAUCCAUGGAAACUCAGGAGCUGGGAACAACUGGGCAAAAGGCCACUAUACAGAGGGCGCAGAGCUGGUGGAGCAGGUGAUCGACAGGGUGAGGCACGAGAGUGAAAGCUGCGACUGCCUGCAGGGAUUCCAGCUGGUUCACUCACUCGGGGGUGGCACUGGUUCUGGAAUGGGAACCCUCAUCAUCAACAAAAUCCGCGAGGAGUACCCCGACCGCAUCAUGAACAGCUUCAGUGUCAUGCCGUCGCCUAAAGUCUCUGACACGGUGGUGGAGCCCUACAACGCUACGCUGUCAGUCCACCAACUUCUGGAGAACACUGACGAGACCUACUGCAUUGACAACGAGGCCCUCUAUGACAUCUGUUUCCGCACGUUAAAACUGACCACGCCGACUUACGGGGACCUCAACCACUUGGUUUCCAUGACCAUGAGCGGGGUCACGACUUCUCUGAGAUUCCCUGGACAGCUCAACGCCGACUUGAGGAAGCUCGCCGUCAACAUGGUGCCCUUCCCUCGCCUUCAUUUCUUCAUGCCAGGCUUUGCCCCUCUGACGCCACGUGGCAGCCAACAGUACAGAGCUCUCACUGUACCCGAGCUCACCCAGCAGAUGUUUGACGCCCGCAACAUGAUGACAGCGUGCGACCCGAGGAGAGGCCGCUACCUCACGGUCGCUGGCGUCUUCCGUGGUAGGAUGUCCACCAAAGAAGUGGAUGAGCAAAUGCUUGCCAUCCAGCAGAAAAACAGCAACUACUUUGUGGAUUGGAUCCCCCAUAACGUGAAGGUCGCUGUGUGUGACAUCCCACCUAGAGGCCUCAGAAUGGCUUCCACGUUCAUUGGCAACAACACAGCCAUUCAGGAAGUGUUUCGAAGAGUGGGCGAGCAGUUCGUCAUGAUGUUCAGACGGAAGGCGUUUCUCCACUGGUAUACGGGGGAAGGUAUGGAUGAAUUGGAGUUUACGGAGGCAGAGAGCAACCUCAAUGAUCUGGUCUCAGAGUACCAGCAGUACCAAGAUGCCACUGCUGAUCUAGAUUGGGAACCAGAAGAGGAAGAAGAGGAGGGACCCUCACCAUCAGCAACAUCAACAAGAAAGGCACAGUCUAAGGUGGAGGUUACUUUGGAAACAGUGACUGAAAUGAGCAAAGAAGCCAAAGAUGAGUAGAAGAUAGAAAAAAUGUUGGAAUAUUGGUAUUAAAACAAACUCUUACUCUGUAGUUUGUCGCGUCUGUUGUUGGUGUAAGCGAUAAAAGGUGCUGCAACAUAUUUGCAACAAUAAUGGUGAUUGUCUGCUUUGUAUUCUUAAAAUGAUUGUGUGCUUGAAUGUGCGUUUUCGAGGUCUAGAUUUUUUUUAAAUUUCACAGUAAAUUUGUUAAAUACUAUUUUUGCAUGUAUAUAUGAAAAGUAAUGUUUUGGCAGCACUAUAUAUCCAUCAGCUUUAAACGUGAAGUGUCACCUUUACACUGCUUGACCAGUAUCGUUUGCAUUUUGCAUAAGUUGUGAUAGCAAUUAAAAACAGUAAAACAAGA